UGACUGUUGCUCCGCCGAUAAAAACCGAGCGGUCAUGUUCUCGUCCCUCCUUCUCUGACUCUGUCUAUCGGCCAGGCUGCCGCUCUGUUCAACCUGCACGCAACAAAAAAACACCAGAAAACCACCAUGUCUGAGAAACUCCCCUACAAAGUUGCUGACAUCAGCCUGGCCGAAUGGGGGCGUAAGUCCAUCGACAUCGCCGAGAACGAGAUGCCCGGUCUGAUGAAGAUGAGGGAAAUGUACGGUCAGUCCAAACCUCUUAAGGGCUCCCGUAUCGCCGGCUGCCUCCACAUGACCCUGCAGACCGCCGUGCUCAUCGAGACCCUCACCGCCCUCGGAGCUGAGGUUCAGUGGUCAAGCUGCAACAUCUUCUCCACCCAGGAUCACGCUGCUUCCGCCAUCGCUAAGUCUGGUGUUCCAGUUUACGCAUGGAAAGGUGAGACCGAUGAGGAGUACAUGUGGUGCAUCGAGCAGACUCUGUACUUCAGGGACGGUCAGCCCCUCAACUUGAUCCUGGACGACGGUGGAGAUCUCACCAACCUGGUCCACACAAAGUACCCCAAACUGUUGGCAGGUAUCCGUGGUGUGUCAGAGGAGACCACCACAGGCGUCCACAACCUGUACAAGAUGUUGAAGAAGGGCGAGCUGAAGAUCCCCGCCAUCAACGUCAACGACUCUGUCACCAAGAGUAAGUUUGACAACCUGUACGGUUGCAGGGAGAGCCUGAUCGAUGGUAUCAAGAGAGCCACCGACGUGAUGAUUGCCGGUAAAGUGGCCGUCGUUGCAGGUUACGGUGACGUCGGUAAAGGCUGCGUCCAGGCUCUGCGUGGAUUCGGAGCUCGCGUCAUCGUCACAGAGAUCGACCCCAUCAAUGCCCUGCAGGCCGCCAUGGAGGGUUAUGAGGUCACCACCAUGGAUGAAGCCUGUAAGGAAGGAAACAUUUUCGUCACCACCACUGGCUGUGAGGACAUCAUCCAGGGACGUCACUUUGAGUGCAUGAAGGACGACUCCAUCGUCUGUAACAUCGGUCACUUUGACUGUGAGAUCGACAUGGCCUGGCUCACCAAGAACGCUGCAGAGAAAGUCAACAUCAAGCCUCAGGUGGAUCGCUUCAGGAUGAAGAGUGGUCGUCACAUCAUCGUCCUGGCAGAAGGCAGACUGGUCAACCUUGGCUGUGCCAUGGGACACCCCUCCUUCGUCAUGAGCAACUCCUUCACCAAUCAGGUGCUGGCUCAGAUCGAGUUGUGGACGAACACCGCCAAAUACCCCCUGGGAGUCUACUUCUUGCCCAAGAAGCUGGAUGAGCAAGUGGCAGCUGCCCACCUGGAAAAACUGGGAGUGAAGCUGACCAAGCUGACAGACAAGCAGGCCAAGUACCUGGGUCUGCCCAGCGAGGGGCCCUUCAAACCAGACCACUAUCGCUACUGAGCCAUCCCAGCCGCAGUUGUGGAAGAGGAGAAGAACAAAAGAAGAAAGAGGAGGAGGAUGUGUGGCUAGAAGGCUGUUUUGUAGUAGAUGGGGACACUUUAGCCAGGUUGCACUCUGGGCAUCGUAUUGGUUUUAGGCUGCCAAAUGUAAACUUUUCAGGGAUACUGGGAGAUGGUUUGUUUCUUCUUCUAUUUUUAAUAGCUUCCAUAUCAAAUACAAAAAUCUUAUCAUGUUGAUCAAAGUGAUUUAGCAUGACUGACAUUUGGAAGGAACACCUUUCCUUUUUUUUUAUUCUGCUUUAUUAAGGUGAGUUUAAAUGUUAAUCUACCAAUCGGCUGCUGCUGAGUGACUCGAUUCUGGUUGAAAACUGCAUCCACCAACAGCUUUAUGUGGGACGUCGCAAAAUGUUUAAGUUCUCUUUGUUCAGACGUUAAAGCAACAUCUUACCCUGUAUUUUUGAUACCGCCGCUACCUUUUUAAUCAUCCACCAUCUUUCCCCUCCUCUCUCUCUCUUUCUCAUCACUACUCCUCUGAAACAACAUCAAGCUCUGCUGUGGCUAAAGAGAAAAAAGAAAGUCUCUUGUUUGUCAUUCCCUCUCUCCAUUUAUGGAAUCAAAUAAACCCCGAUGCUUUUCCGUCUGAGCGCUUCUCCCUCCCAUCUCGUAGCAGCUUUUGAGGUAGAAGAAGGAACCGGUUUUUCUUCAGUAUCUUGAAUGAAUGAAUGAAUGAUUGAUUUGAGGCAAAACAGUUAAGUGUACAGUGGCCUUAUUCCAGUAUUAUUUUUACAUAAUGCCGCCCUGUGUUAGCACUUAAUGAAAGAAAUAAAAAAAACUGUACUUGAACUGUGCGAUAAGACUGUGGAGACGCCUGUUUGUCAGUGCUUGGCGUUACUGCGUGUUUAUUAUGUAUCCAGGUUGAUCGCUGGAGAGUAUAAAGAAGCAACGCUGCCAAAGGAAUCACCACAGAGCAUCAUGUUUUAUGCCUGAUUUAUAAGAAGGAAAAAAAACUAAAGUCUUACUCCCUGUUGCCUCAUUUUCUUCCUUUUUAUUGUAAUUAUUUAAUUUGACUUGAAGGGCCAAAAACAAAGUGCAGUGCCCCCUCCCAACCCAAUACCUGUCUUCUCUCCAAUAAAGCCAAUCAGAUGUUUGUUACAGGUUUACGGUGAUGUUAAAAAGUUGAAGCCACAGUUCACAACGGUUACAGCUCCAAGUACAAAAGUUCAGCUGACUGUAAACGAUGGAUUGAUGAAACUAACUGUCAAGUGUGACGAUGAAAAAAAUAAACAUGUUGGCUCUGUG